UUCUCCCUCUUUCAAACUGAUCAAUGACUGAUUCUAACUCCUACUUUCCUCCUGAUCUUUUGAUCGAAAUCCUGCUAAAACUUCCUGUAAAAUCCCUGCUCCGUUUCAGAGCUGUCUCCAAAUCAUGGAAUUCCCUUAUCAGCAGCCCUGCUUUCAUCUCCACACACCUCAACCAAACCCCCAAAACCUCCACCCUUCUUCUUAGGCGUUACGAUAAUACUCACAAUAAAGAAUAUUAUUCACUAUUUCAAGACUGUAAAAAUCGACCCUUUUGCUUGGAUUUCUCAUCACAACUGAAUUUGCCAUUCAAUUGCCAACUUGGGUAUUUCAGAAUAGUUGGCAGCUGCAAUGGAAUCAUGUGUUUGUGUGAUGAUUUUUUUGCUGACGUAGGGAAUGUAGUUGUAAUUCUAUGGAACCCUUCUAUUCAAAAGUUUACAACUUUACCCUUGCCUUUAAUUAGGUUUAAGUCACCCGACAUGUUUGUACUUGGAUUUGGUGCUGAUCAUUUGUCUAAUAAUGAUGAUGAUGAUUACAAGUUGGUCAGACUUGUGUAUCAUAAGAAUGAUGAUGUAUUUUCUAGGUAUAAUGUUCCUCCUGAGGUUGAAAUUUAUUCACUCAAUACUGGGGUUUGGAGGAGAGUGAUAGGAGCUGAGAUUAAGCAUUGUAUGGUGGAGUUUAUGUGGUCUCAGGCAUUUGUGAAUGGAGCUGUCCAUUGGAUUGCAUAUGAUGUGGGCGAGAAUGGUGGUGUUCGGAGUUUAAUUAUGUUUUUUAGUAUAGCUGAUGAGGUGUUUGGGGAUAUUAUGCUGCCGGAUGCUUUAGCUGGUCAAAUUGCAACGAAUUUAUCGAUCAUGGUGUUUGAGGGCUCCCUUGCUGUUGUUAAGUAUGAGAGGGAGAUAGAUGGUGGUUCAUGUGAAGUAUGGGCGAUGAAGCAGUACGGAGUUUUGGAAUCUUGGAGUAGAUUUUAUAGUAUAAAUUUGGAUGAUAUGGAGAGAGUAGUUGGAUAUAGGAAUAAUGGUGAAGUUUUGUUUUCAACUAGGAGCUAUGAGCUGGUUUCUUAUGAUCCAAAUAGUGGACACAAGAAGGAUCUUGGUAUUCGUGGGAGUUCCCGCUCGUUUUAUGUUCAAAAUUACAUGGAAUCGCUUGUUUUGCUUCAAGGGGAUAGUGUAGUUUCGGAUGAGUUCUUGGAAGGAAUUGGAAGUUUAUGGAUUGAAGACUAGCUGGACUAUAGAACUUCUUGGUGCAAGAAAGAAGAACAUGAUUAGAAGGUAAAGUAUUUUACCAAGUUCAAUCGACAUGGGAUGUCGCUCUGCUAAUUCUGUUUCAUGGCAUAGUGGAAGUGUAAGAUGUUUUAUCAAAUUUGGUUCAACUAGUUUAGAGCUAUCUGAUAAUUAUGACAUAUUGAAUGAUGAACUUUUGCUUUCCCAUUUGUUGCCUUAUAUUAGUUGUUAGUGCACUCUUGUUGUUGUUUUGAUGUA